CCCCAUAACUUUUGUCUGCAAAAACAAGUGGGGAUUCUGUUAGUGCAAGAAAAUUAAGUCCCAAGCAAUUUCUCUUAAAGACCCUAGACACAGCUUUCUGGCCAUGACAACCUCCCCACAACAACAUGCUUCUCAUAAAGGAUCACCUUCAUCCCUCUCCAGAAGAGAAGAGGGAACAGAAGAAAUGCCUGGUGCAGAGCCCCAAUUCCUACUUCAAGGAUGUGAAAUGCCAAGGAUGCUAUAAAAUCAGCACCAUCUUUAGCCAUGCACAAACAGUUUUGUGUGUUGGCUGCUCCACUGUCCUCUGUCAGCCUACAGGAGGAAAAGCAAGGCUUACAGAAGGAUGCUCCUUCAGAAGGAAGCAACACUAAAA